AUCUCCCGACGCCCCUUCCCGCUUUGUAAAGCGCCCCACAGAGCAGCCGGAGGAGCAAGUGGCAGCAGCCGCCGACCUCCCUCUGCCUGUAGGGGGCGUGGGAAAUGGCCGUGGCCAUUCCUGUCAGGGGCUGAGGAAGGGCGGCUUUCUGCCCGCUGCCUGGCGUCUGGUCUCUCUCUGCCCCCUUUCCUCACUUGCGCAGCCGGCGGCGAGAGGGGAAGAUGGAGGCGCCCGAGAGCAUGGGCUUCAGGCGGGUGGCCAUCCGGAGGAAAUCCAGCCCCAGCCUCAGCAGCAGCGCCUUGGUCUUCUCCCAGGCCGCCGCCGCCGCCGCCACUUCGCCUCUUUCCCACCCAGAGAGGAGGAGAGACGUUGCCAGGGAAGCGGCGCCAACAGCGGCAGCAGCAGGUGGCAGCACAUGUCCAAAGAUCUUCAUAACUCCACUGUGCACGACAAGCAGCACAACUAGACUGUAUGAGCCAAACAUUGGCAAUGAGGUGGCUCAGAAAAUAAAUGGAAUCGUACCAGAGAAGCCAUCUCCACAGCCAGUUUCAAUUCCAAAACCACAAGUGCCUCCAAAGCCAUUACAUCUGCAGAAUUCACAGUCAUCCAUUGCCCACCAAACCCCCAGGCAUAAAGCUUUACAUUCUACGAAGCCAAGAAUGGAGGAAGUUACACCUACCUCUUCUUGCGUAUCUAAAGAAAAAACUAGUAAAGUGUCUGAUCUCAUCAGUCAUUUUGAAGGAGGCAGCCCAUCCAUUCCUAGUGAGCUGAAGAAAGAAUCCUCUGUUCUAAAUGUUGCUAAAUCUCAAGGAAAGCAUGGGCCAGCACCAGCACCUCAGCCAAAAUUCCUCACCCAACACCCACUACAGAAGCAGGGAUAUAGUACAGAUCACUCUCAGGAUGUACAGAAUCGCACAGCCAAUGGAGAAGUAGCACAGAACCAGUUGGACUGCAGGGACAGCACAUUGCCGGUUCAUAAUGCGAGUAGGGCCAUUCAAAAUGCAUCAUUUGACAGCAGCUUGGUAAAUGGAGAACGAGAGAACAUUAGUACAGACGCAUUGCAAACUACAGCAGCCUGCAAAGGGCAAACAAUCAAUAGCUGUUGCCAGACUCCAAGUGUGAACACGUUGUUUCCAUCGGGAAAAGAAAGUGUAGAAAUGAUUACCAAUACAAAGAACAAGCAGAUUGAGGAGCACAAUAAGCAAGACUCGCAUGUGGAGACAAAGGAGACAAAUGAACAGAAAUGUUACAAUAUUGCCAAUGAGCUUUUGCACACAGAAAGAGCUUACGUCUGCCGACUUGCUCUCUUGGAUCAGGAGUUUUAUUGUAAAUUGAUGGAUGAAGCUAACAGGGGCUCAUUUCCUGCUGAAGUUGUUAAUAAAAUAUUUUCCAAUAUUUCAUCCAUUAAUCAGUUUCACAGUCAAUUCUUGCUGCCAGAGCUUGAGAAAAGAAUGCAAGAAUGGGACACAAACCCCAGGAUCAGUGACAUCCUACAGAAACUAGCUCCUUUCCUCAAAAUGUAUGGGGAGUAUGUGAAGAAUUUUGACAACGCAAUGGAGUUGGUGAAAACGUGGACUGAGCGAUCACCUGUCUUCAAAUGUAUUAUUCAAGAAAUUCAGAAGCAGAAAGUCUGUGGAAAUCUCACCUUGCAACAUCACAUGCUGGAACCAGUGCAGCGCAUUCCAAGAUACGAGAUGCUUCUGAAGGACUAUCUAAGAAAAUUGCCUCAAGACUCUCUAGACUGGAAGGAUGCUGAAAAAUCCUUGGAAAUAAUAUCUACGGCAGCAAGUCACUCUAAUAGCGCCAUCCGAAAAAUGGAAAACUUAAAGAAGUUGUUGGAGGUUUAUGAAAUGUUAGGAGAAGAAGAAGACAUUGUCAAUCCUUCAAAUGAACUCAUAAAAGAAGGACAAAUACUUAAACUUGCUGCUCGUAAUACAUCUGCCCAAGAAAGAUACCUUUUCUUAUUCAACAACAGAUUGCUAUACUGUGUCCCCAAAUUCAGCUUGGUGGGAUCUAAGUUCACAGUUCGGACAAGAGUUGGCAUUGAUGGUAUGAAAAUCGUGGAAACGCACAAUGAAGAAUACCCACACACAUUCCAAGUCUCUGGGAAAGAGCGAACUUUGGAAUUGCAGGCCAGUUCUGAACAAGAUAAAGAAGAAUGGAUAAAGGCUCUCCAGAAUACUAUAGAUGCUUUUCAGCAAAGGAAUGAAACAUUCAGAACUGCUAUUGCAAAAGAAUAUGAGGACACACCUAUUGAAGUUUCUACUGCUGAGCUUGGGAAGAGAGCACCAAGAUGGAUUCGGGACAAUGAAGUGACCAUGUGCAUGAAAUGCAAGGAAUCCUUCAAUGCGCUAACGAGGAGGAGGCAUCAUUGCCGAGCAUGUGGGCAUGUGGUUUGCUGGAAAUGUUCUGAUUACAAAGCUCAUCUUGAGUAUGAUGGUGGUAAGCUGAACAAGGUUUGUAAGGACUGCUACCACAUUAUAACAGGAUGCACAGAUAGUGAAGAAAAGAAGAAGAAAGGAAUCUUGGAGAUUGAAUCAGCAGAAGUAUCCGGGAACAGUGUGAUAUGUAGUUUUCUCCAAUACUUGGAAAAAUCUAAGACUUGGCAGAAGGCUUGGUGUGUGAUUCCUAAGCAGGAAGCCCUUGUAUUAUAUAUGUACGGUGCUCCACAGGAUGUGAAAGCGCUAGCUACCAUCCCUUUGCUGGGCUACACAGUAGAUGACACUCCAAGAAGCGCUGACCUUCCACACAGUUUCAAAUUGACUCAGUCCAAGUCAGUGCACAGCUUUGCCGCGGACAAUGAGGAACUAAAACAGAAGUGGUUGAAGGUCAUCCAUUUGGCCGUCAAAGGCGAAACACCGGACUGCUCCAAUGAUUUGCGGAUGAGUUUAGAGGACCAGCAUGAAAGCUCUGCAAAACUGGAAGCUGAAACUUGACGUAGCAGAUGGUCUGUAAUGUAUUUUUCACUCUCUCUCCACUCAAAACUUUGGUUGACACUAAUUCUGAAAUCAGCAAGAAAGAAGCCAGCCUUCCUGGCUCAACCACGUUUCUUAGCACUUUAUGUUGGAAAAGAAAAACAACGUUCAUCUUUUUUUUUAGGGAACUUUUUCUUAUAUUUAUGUUGUGUCAAUAAAAUUAAUGUACCCUUCCACAUUUCCUUUUUAUUAAAUGAAUGUCUAUCAAAGAGUGACCAAUAUUAACUAUACCACUCUUCUCAAGAAAACAGCAUCAUAUGAAAUGAAUGCUAUUGAGAAAGAAAUGGCUUGUUUCAUAUUGAUGUCAGUACUGGUAUAUCUUGGCUGCAUUCUAGGACUCGUAGCUGUGUCUUAAGAUAUACCUCCACUCUUGCCAAAUUAGAUGUGUAUUGGAAUGUAAAGACAGUUUGGUUUAUUGUAUCUAAAUUCUAGCACUAUUUACACUGACUUGUACAUAUAUUCUAUCAAUUUGUGUUUGAGAAAAGAACAAUACCCAGAGUAUCUAAAAUUUCUAAAUUGUCUAUUAAAAAACCCUCAUUCUUUUUUCCAUUUUAAAAAUUAUUAAACAAGUACAAUAUAUAAGAUUUGCAGGGUAUGCUAUUAGAGAGGAAAAUGUAAUAUACUUAAUUUUGAUUUGACCUCAUGAUACUAGGUUCAUGCUGUUUGCCUAUGAUUUAUAAAGCAUGCAUCCUCCUGAAAAUUUAAGCAGAGGAUUCUAAAUUAAACACAACUAGUUACUUGUUUAUAUCUGAUGGCAUUGAUAUUUUUAUACAUAAACGUAGAGCUUAAAAAGCAGUAGUAAGUCAAAUGGCAUGUAAUGGAUGUGCAAGUCCUGGCUGUGUUUUGAAAAACAUAAUUCCUCUACUCAGUCCUGUGCCUGUUAACCUUUAGAAGGUGGUGCUACCUUUUUAAAAUUACAGCAAGUGCUUCAUUAAAUAACAGCCUGGUCUUAAAUGAUCACUUGUGAUCAUGUAUUAUGCCUUUAUAGUUGGUCACUAACACCCAGACCUUAAUAUUAUCAUCAAUCAAUCUAGACAUCACAUCAAAUCGUGAUUAAGAAAUAUUAAACAUACAUAGCUUAGGAGGAUGCCUGAAUUGACAAGCCAUGAUUUGAGACAGCAAAAAACACCAUCAAGCCAUGCCUUGUGCAAACUGUAGUUGACAAAUCAUAGUUAAAAGUCAGGGGCAACUGCAUUGAGACAGUAGGGCUGAGCAGACAAUAUGAAAGCCUGCAAGUUUCCCUAAACCAUGGUUUCCUGUAGAUUUGGAAACUCAAAUUGUGCUUUGGAUUCUAAAUUACGGUUGACACAAACUAUGAUUUGGCACAUUUGAAUUUAGCUGUUAUAACUCUCACUAACCACGCACAUGUUGCAACAGUUAUUACUACUGUAUUAACUGUAUUAUAUUACUCAUACCCACUUAUAGAGUGGGUGGCAGAUCUGCCAUUGCAAUAUGUGAUUGCACCCACUGUUUGCAUGGAAUAUUACACACUGUAUUGUAUAACAUAAUAGACAUGAAAUCUGAUUUUGUAGGGGGUAUGGCUUUUUUAAAAAACAAACAAACCUGAAUACCUGGACCUUACUUAGUGCAUAAAAGGAUUCUUAGGGAAUUAUAUCUCUAUUACGUUUUGCAGUAUUGAGCCAAUAAUGACAGUAACAGUUUUGUUGUAACUUGCUAAUUUUAUCUUGCACCUCCGGAUUGGUCUGUGUUCAGUUACUUAAGUUCAAAUCUACCUGGCCAGGGGGAAGACACCAGUUUUUAUAUUUCUCUGCUAAAUAGCCACAAUUGUAAGAGACUAAAGGCAUAGUCAGGCAUUUACCUGAACGCAAAGGCUUAACCAUGGGCAGGAGGCAGGAGAAUUGUCCUUGGCUGCGAUGGCUCUUCAGGCAUUCAUGCAUUUAGCAGGAAGGUUUGAGGAGAAUGCUAAGUAUAUUCUGUUGAAACUGCUUUGAAAUCUCUGUAUGAUAGAUGACCCCAACAAGACAGGCUUCUGAUUGCAGGGAAACUGUCUUCAAGCCUUCAUGUUAAAAAUACGAAGGUCUGAAGAGAUGUUUUAUAUAUCCCAUUUUAAAUACUUCUUCCAUGCUUUGCUCACUUUUGCUAAGUAUUAAAUAUGCAAAGCACUCUUUCCGAAAUACCAGUGGAAUUGAAAUAUUAGAGGCCACCCAAUACCUUCCGGAUAGGCUUGCUUCACCAAUAACUAGAUAAAGGAGCUAACAGAAUGCUCAAGGUGACAGUCAGAUUGCUGUACUGCCAAUCUGAGCCAACAAACCAGAUCCUAUUCUAGACUCAUUCAGUAGUAUUCUGGUGAAUGAAUAGAACUGCACUGGUUGUGCAUUCUGCCUUCUUCCUAAUGUUUCUAUGCAGACGAUUUCUGUCUGCAUUUCUGCAUGUAGUACAAAAGUCAACAUGCCUAUGAUGGAAAGAACCUUGUGGUUUUUAGAGAGAAAAGUAAAAUUGGGAAUCCAGAGGAAGCACAGGGCUCUUUAUUAGAGCAAUAGUAAAUUUACUAGAUUAGGGAUGAGCCUUGAUUCAAUCCUAUUCCUCUACCGUAGGCCUGAGGUUCCUUUUGCAACUCCUGGGGUUUUUUAGCUAAUGUUGCUGCUGAGGUGUCUUUUAAAAAUAGUAAAAAAAAAUGCUUAAUGCAAAAGAAAGAAAAGGAAUUAUUUUCCAGUACUUUGCCUUGUCUUCAUUGGAACUUUCCAUAUUGCUCCUGCUGGGAAAUGCUUCCUAUCCACAGAGAUGUGCCAGAUUCCUUUGCCAACUGAUUGGGGAGAUCUCUCCAUUCAUUCACCCUGACGCAGAAUCUCUUGAGUAAUGCAGCAUCCACCUUUGUUUAGGUUGGAUUUAAUUUCAGGGAUAGUUUUGAGUGGACUCUUCCCUUUUCAUAAAUUCAGAUCUUUCCUCUUCAUUUUAGACUUUGAACAGACUAUUUACUUUUCAUCCUUGAGGGCAGGGUUGUUGUUGUAACUACCACAUAGUAAGUGCUGCCAGAUGUCAUCUGGUAUACAGAAUGUCCAUUGCUUCUUACCAUAAAAUUGUGUUAAUUACUCACAAUCACGUUGUGCCAACAAGGAAAAAGAAUGCAUCAAGGCAUAAGUUGCCCUAUGUGGCAAUUGCACAUGUGCAUGCACAACAAAACGUGCAUUUUUUGUUUUUCAUGUGUGACACUCUACAAUCAGGCUGUAUCUUUAUUCCAAACCCAUUUGAAAUAUUUAAUGGUAGGAAAGGUGUAAUAUGCAAAGCAGGCCUAAAAUAAGCAUGUUGGGUACAAAAACUUCUAACUCAUUGUAUAUUUCUGAUGUGGCUCUCAGCGCAGAGUUAAUCAUUGACUGUGAACCUUUUUGUGUACAUGCAGUUAUCCUAAACGUAGGGGGUUUUUAAAAAAUGGAAAGCCAACUAUUACACUUCUACUACAAUGAAAUUAUGGGCAGUUGAUUUUCAGAAAGAGGCCUUAUGUUCCUUCCCUGGUGAAUAGGAAUAUGGUGGUUUUGGUUCUGGGAACCUUGUUUGAAAGCACACAUUUUGUACCAGGGCUAGUAACCAUUUAUAGUUGAUCACAUGGUAUGCUAUAUGGGUUGGAAAGGAAUGAAAAUGGGCUGUAAUUAUCCCUAUAAUGUUUGAGAUGAGGGGGCUGGAGGAUGGAAAACAAGCACACAGGUAAUGUCAGAUUUCCUUCAUCUUUCCCCUCCCAGUUUGCAGGUGUGUAGUGCAAACCUUGGGGGGGGGAGGGAAAGCAUUAAUAAUAAUAAUAAUAAUAAUAAUAAUAAUAAUAAUAAUAAUAAAAAUAGCCCCUAUCUAGCACUUAGAGAGCACUUCCUAUUAAAUAUUCUAAGCACACUUGCAUAGAAGCAAAGUUCCAUGGAAAGAAAGGAGAUUUACUUCGAUGUUCAUGUGCUGGGGUCCUUAAGACUCCUGCGUAAAGCACAGCUAAUGACUACUUUGUAAUAAAGAUGAGGUAAAUAAGAUAUAUAGUCUGAUUUUCUUACCCUAUUCUGGCUCCAAAACCUUUUAAGAUACAUUUUUAUUUCUGUAGGAUUUCUAGGACAAAGAAGUGGCCCUUUUAAUUUGUUUUCUCCCAAGGCCAUCCCACAUGUGGGUAACAAAAGUUCUGGCUUCUUGGUUAACAUUUUCAAGCUGUAUUUCAUUCUAAGCAGAACUUCUGUGUGUCGUUGGAAAAUACUGGAAUUUGUCUUCAGUCGUCUUAAUUUUCAUAUUGUAUUGGCCUUUUAACUGUUACCCCAUUUCCUUUUUUUAUUCAACUGACUAUCUGUUUGACUGGUUCUGUAUGGAGUUAGCAUGCAGCAAGAUGCAAUAACGAAGGAGUGUGUGUUUUUGUGUUUAUGUACACACUUUGCAACCCAAUUUAAGUAAUUGAUUCAGUAGAGAGAGAGGGACAGCUUUUGUAACCCAAUCUGCAUGUCCUUGUGCUUUUACCAAUUACUUCUGAUGCUAGAUGAAGGGAAACCAUAACGGUUUGUGGUUAAUGACAAUGAGCUGCUCAACUAUGCCGAAGAAGGAAAACGUGCUGCAGGUAGAAGUGGCAGAGACCAAGCAUGCAUUGCUGAAGCUGGAUCCCCGUUUGCUAAGUAUGCUUAGCAAGGACCUGGUGCUCCUUCUGCACCGAUCCAUUGAUGGUGUUUCAUAUGAUUCUCUUGCUUGACCACUUGAGCAGCACUUAGGGUGCCAGCAAAUCACUCGGCUUAAAAAUGCCUGCCAGUUCAAACCAUAAUGUUACCCUGGUGUUUGGUGGAUGAUCCUCAUGGGGUUGGUAGUGACGAGAAACCCACCCACCCACUGCUGCGUCAGAGAAUAAAUUCCAUGAACUGUAGUGCACAAAAGGACUGACCACUUGGAAUAUCCACAUUGCCGACAUUAAGCCACCCCGAAACAAUGCUUGUGUGUCAAUAUUUUUUUUUAACUGAACAUUUCCUGCAUUUUCCCUCCUUCAACUUUGCCAAUAUUAAGCAAGGUAAACUUACAGUGUAGAAACACUAUGUGCUGGUGUCUUUGCUGCCUUAUUUAAACGUUCUUGCAUUCCGAUACAAGUUGAUUUUUAAAUACAGUAAUUUUGUAAUUGCUCAGUUGAGAAUGAAUUUGGGACUUGCAAAUUUAUUGGUUUAAACCCCCUCCCUCUUUUCUUUUUCCUUUGCUAGAUUUGAAUCUACAGCUGGCUGUGAUUUGACAUAUUUGGGGUGUGUGGAAUAUUGGCCAUAAUCUUGCCAAAGUUAGUAAACGUAAGUCUCUCUGCUUUCAGUGGGACAGUGAAAUUUGGUUGGGUCACUGGAAAUAGCUUCAGUGAUAGGAAAAACUAAAGUAGUUUGAUAAAGCGUGGGUAUACCAAAUGUAAUUAUCAGUUGUACUUUGACUAAGUGUACUAUUGUUUUUAUUGUUGCUGGAUGUAAAUAUACUUGAAUAAUGAAAGAAGUCUGUAGCGCUGUGCCAUCUUGAUACCUUUAGCUCUAUUGACUUCUUAGUCGUUAACUCUAAAGCAUUUAUCCAUCUUCAGUGGCAUUUUGUAUGUGCAGGUGCAAAUCAAUUGUUGUGGAGUGGCUUUUCCCCUUUUCUUGCAGUCCUUCAUUUUUCUCGACUAACUCAAGGCUCAUCGUGCUAACAGUGUACCAGGGCAAUUAACUGGUGUACUGGUUCACAACCGUGAACUGCUUUUUUCCUGAAGGCAUAAAAAAGGAACACUUUUCUCCACUGUAUUUUCCAAAUGAUUAUAGAUUAGUGCACUCGUAAAUCUAGGGCUAUGUAUAAACGUUCAUGAAAAGAGGAGUUAGCAGUGUGGAAGCACAAUCGUUGCUUCCUUCUCAGAGCAUGUUGAGCUGAGGGGAAAUGUUCUGCUGGUUUCAGCAAAUGCCAGAUGUGCACAGUGCUGCCUGGCUGGUGCCUAUGAGGCCAUCCUCUUCCCAAAAAUAUUUUGUUGCAUUAAAAAAUGUCAUUAAGAGAAGAAGAAGAAAAACAUGUGCAAAGGGGUGUGUACAUGGAGCUGCCCUGUUGGUUAAACUGAGAGGGGAAGCUUGCACACACAUGAGAUUUCUUGCCGCAAUGCAAACAUAAGGUAGAAAGCAGCUCUCUUUGCAUAAGUGGGGCUGUUAUGAUUGUCAAAUAAAUCAUUGCCUCAGCCAGGGUUUACAGUAGGAACCGCAUGUACCUGCAGGACAGUGGAUCCUGUCAUUUAGAGAGACUUGCAUUAAUUUUAGGGCAUGCUGUGGGCAGUAUAAGUUUGUACAAAUAUUUAGCAUGCACUCGCUUCUGUACAUGAAAAGCAGCAGCGUGCAUUUUUGCCACUUGUUUGUACAGUGUGCAAAAGAAGGUCAGUGAGCCAGGAUCAAUCAGAGCUCCUUGGAGCAAACAUCCUCAAGAGUUCAUGCUUUAGCACUUCACAUAUUCUUUCACACCUGAAAUGAAAAGUCCCUUAUUGGUGUAAUCUUUGCAUUGCUGAAAAAUGAUGUAACCAUCCUCUGCCACAAUGCUAAUGUGAUGGAUAAUAGGAUUAAGGUUCUAGAUGGUGUCUACAGUCACUGAGGAGCACAAACAAAAUCCAUGGUGACGAUUGUCUUGUAAGCCAGUGUUACUCAGUGACAGUCCAGUUCAUGAGCCAUUGGCUGCUGGUCUGUGGUGACUCCGCCACAGCCCAGGAUGGGUGGGAUGUUUCAGGUACCCAAUAUGGUACCAACUCCUGGCACAUCAGGUGGGGUGGGAUUUGCCAGUCCACCCCAUGAGAGAGUUUGAGAAGCACUGAUGUAAGCAACCAUAGCAAAAUUAAAUGGGAAAGGAGAUGAUCAGUUUAAGCACAAGUCAUGUAAAUUAUAUCCCCCCCUCAAUAGGUUAGUUAUCUCCUCUUCCCUGGAUUUAAGCACCAUCUUUUAAGAAGAAAUGUGCUUAUUUCUUGAUAGAAUAUUGCUGGGCAAACUAGAAUGUUCUCAUCCAUGCAAAAUAACUCUUGAUGACAGUUCAGUCCCUACUCAAAACUUUCUUCAUCCAGUUUAACAAAAGGUAACUAAUUUUAUAAUUUGCACAUCUUAUUUAUGGGAUGGCUUGGUUUCCACAAUAUUUUACACUCAAAGUACAUUGUAAACAACUUAAAAUCUAAUUGGGAGGUACCCAUUGUGUAAAUGCAUUAAAGAGAAAAAAUUAAAUAAUGUUCCAGUUUGGGGGCUACUUACUUUGUUAUUUCCCGUUUUCUCAGAGUGAAUGUAGAUUUGAUUUCCCCCGAGAUUUUUCUACUGAAGUAGAAGAGUUCUGUUUUAUAUUUAAAAAACCUUUCCCCCCCCACAUGUAAUUCCGGUAUUACUCGGUCUGGAGUUACUCCUUGCACCUUGCAAAUGCAUAAAAAUAUUUUAAAUUAAAAAAUGAAAGAAAAGGAACAGAUCUCAUGAGAGAUCUAAAUCCCUUUUCUAGGAAGAAGGGGAAACUAUUUCCUUUUUUGUGACAAAUGCAACAUACCAGCCAGUGUUCCACAUAAAAAUGCAUAGAAGCUCACCUGCUCUUGGUCUCAAGAAGUUUAGAAGGUGGAAAAUGUUACAAGCAGGCAGGGCAUGGGGGGAAAUCGGCAAAAAACAAAACAAAACAACCAAGUGCGCAACAGUCUUCAGAGUGUCACGCAGCUGAAAUAUAUGGAAUAUGUCACGAAUGAUUCUUGUGUGGAAGCAGGGGUAAGUCUUAGCUGAUAGUAUCAGAUGAACAAGCUGUAAAAAUUGUAAAAUCUCAAAGGGUAUACGUCUUUGUUUUUUUGCUCUACCAUAAAUAAAAUGCAAAAAGAAAAAGCAACAUUUAAGAUUGUGAGAGUGGUUAUCGUUAAAAUGUACAUGAAUGUAAAAUACUUGCAGAUAUGUGUAUAUAUUUCUGUAACAUAUGUAUAUUUGGUCCAUAAUGGUCGGAGCUGGAAUACUGUAAAAUUGCGCACUUUAAUUCUUGUUGAAAACUUUAAAAAUUUGUAUCCUGUAAAUUAAAAGCAUCAUUAAAUCAGUAAUUAUUCUCUGUGA